GAGUAGCAGCAGGACCAGGGCAGGGACUGACUCCAGUCCUUGGACUUAGGACACCGCAGCACCUUCUCUUGCGUGCGUGACUCAUUCGUAUAUCAUUUCUGUUUAUGCCUGGGGUGGGGAGAAAAAUCCCAAACCAGGUAGUAUGUGUGACCUGAGUUGUCACAAGCCACAGAACAGACACACCACCACCAUCGCCGCCGCCGCUGCUGCCAACACCACUGCCGCCGCCGCCGCCGCCGCCUCCACCACCACCACCACCGCCGCCGCCGCCGCCGCCGCCGCCGCCGCCGCCGCCGCCGCCGCCGCCGCCGCCACCACCACCACCACCACCUCCAAGCCUGACUUCUGAAACAUAACUCAGGGCUUUUGUGAAAGUUCCAACGUCAAUGCCUUUCCUUCUGGUCACUGUGAAUCCUGCUGGUUGGCUGCUGUGAUUUUCUGAAAGGAGCCUGUGAAAUAGAAGUAGCUGGACCUGGGGACAGACCAAUGAGCCAGCUGUGUAAAUGAGUAUGGAAGAUUAUGAUUUCCUGUUCAAAAUUGUUUUAAUCGGCAACGCUGGAGUGGGAAAGACGUGCCUAGUCCGACGAUUCACUCAGGGUCUUUUCCCCCCAGGUCAAGGAGCCACAAUUGGAGUUGAUUUUAUGAUUAAGACAGUGGAGAUUAAUGGUGAGAAAGUGAAGUUACAGAUCUGGGACACAGCAGGUCAAGAGAGAUUUCGCUCCAUCACCCAAAGUUACUACCGAAGCGCCAAUGCCUUGAUCCUUACCUAUGACAUCACCUGUGAGGAAUCCUUCCGCUGCCUGCCCGAGUGGUUGCGGGAGAUAGAACAGUAUGCUAGCAAUAAGGUCAUCACUGUGUUAGUGGGCAACAAGAUUGACCUGGCUGAAAGGAGAGAGGUCUCCCAACAGAGAGCAGAAGAGUUCUCAGAGGCUCAGGACAUGUAUUACUUGGAGACUUCAGCCAAGGAGUCUGACAAUGUGGAGAAACUCUUCCUUGACUUAGCAUGUCGACUCAUCAGUGAAGCCAGACAGAACACACUGGUGAACAAUGUAUCGUCACCCUUACCUGGAGAGGGGAAAAGCAUCAGCUAUUUGACUUGUUGUAAUUUCAACUAAAGGCUGAGGCAAAGAGAAUCAAAGGGAAUCAGUAGUUGCCUUGGUGGGCCGAAUGUUGCUAGGGAAUCUGGCAAUGACUAUGGCUCCCGCUCUUGGACCUUCUGACUCCUGUAGGCUCCAGAGCUUACCAAGCAUGCAGGCCAAGGGCCUUGACUGCAGGCCAGCAUUAGCAGAACACAUAAUGGUUUCACCCUUUUGCAGUCUGGCGUUGGAGCAAGGAGAGAAUUGCACUAAGCGCUCCAUGAUCUGCAGAGCAUGUUGCUUUUGUUUUGAAAAAAGCAAGUAAAAUGCAUUCCUGAACACAGAGCAGGGGUCGUGUACUGUAGGAAUCCUUCUGUGUGUCAGUGGGCGCAUGAGGGGCUGUUCUCCAGGCUUCAGUGGUAAUCUGGUGCCCAUGGAUUUCUUGUCUACCAGGUAAACCAAAACUGGAAAGGCCAAGUACUGUCUCUGUAGUACUUACUGAUGACCCCAUGGAGAUUUUGAAAAGUGUUAUUUCUUUUGUUCACAAGCACUUUCAAAACCUUUGGGAUAUAAAAAUGGGAACUCUUCUCAUGACCAACAGUAGAAAUUAUUGUUUAAUAAUAUAUACAAGCUCCAUGACUCUUUUUGGUGCUAAUGAUUAUGCUAUUUCACAGACCAAACGUUUUGGUACAUUGAUACCCUUAGAUGUAUUACCUAAAAAUAAAAAGAGAAUGGGGGAAAUCCAUGAGUCAGCAGUCUUUUUCAGUCUCAUUACCACCUUUUCUGGGAUGGGUUUGGAUAUGAGAAGCCCCUUUUCUUUCAUAUUCUUGAAAUUUAUUAACUUUCUUCUAUUCUUCCACACUUUUCCUGCCCUUCAGGUCAAUCAAAGUUUUAAAAAUGGGGAAAAUAUAAACGACAACAUUCUAGUAAAGAAUAUUAGUUGUAAGACACGUUGAGUAGCAUGAGAAAACAGAGCAGAUAUGACCAAAAUACUGUGGACUAUGGACUGGCUGCAGAGCAGGCUUCCAGACAGCGCAGCUCUCUUUAACAGGCCACGCCUUUUCCUUUCUGGAACUAUCCUUGGAUAGACCAAGGUUUAGGAUUUUGUAGACAUUUUUAGUAUAAUAAGUGAGAAUAGCAACAGAUUAAAAGUCUCACAGACCAUUUUUAUAUCUUCAAUAAACUUAGGAAAGUGCAGCUCAGGAAGCAGGCUGAGCUGUCCUUUCUUGUCUUAUGUCAAUGUUGAUCUCAGAUUCAUGACCAUACAUUUCUCUUUAUCUUUUCUUGCCCUUAGUCUCCCCUUAGAGCUUUCCUUUCCCCACUCCUUCUUUUUCUCUUUCCUUCCCAUACUGGUAUGCAUGUGUUACUGGACAUCUCCAGCUCAGAUGGAGGCAUAGAUGCCUUUACUUAGCCAAUUUUACCACAGGACUCAAACUGGAAGACAUGUUGCUAAGUGAGUUCCUGUUUCUUCAGUGCCAUGUUUUGAUACUUUCCAAUUUGUUCAGUGUCAUAGAUGCAAAUUACGAAAGGAAGUCUGUGUGCUCUUGGUGUUGUCAGGUGUUGCUGUAGCCUGCUGUACAGCAUAACUGAGCAUGAAUCACUGAAUGAGGAUAUGGUGUGGAAUUCCACUGUUGGUAUUGAUGUUACAAUCUUGGACCUGGCAUGUCACUCUUGGAAAGCUACUGAAUUACAAACCAAUGAGUCAACACGGCAGGACAUUGAUAACACAUUUCUAGCAUUUCUAGCAGAUUCCAUAAUGUCCAAUCUUUUUUACAUGUGACUGCAUGUAUUAUUACCAGUCAUUGGUAUUGUGAUUGGCUCAUUAUGCUUUUCUUGAUUCUAUAGGAAAGAAAAAGACUUCCUAAAAGUUUGAACUAUCUUUCUUUUAUACAGGAAGGAGACAAAACAUCACUUUAAUGAAAAUAAAAAUCAUUUAUAAUUAACCUUUGCUUAAUAGCCAGCAACCAAAGGCAUCAGAAGAUAAACUAAUCAAGGUUACAAAAAAAAUGUAUCUUUCUACUGUGAAUGUCCCUAAAUUUAGAUUUAUUACUUUUCUUUAUGGCAAAAUUCUGAUCUCCUCAGCAUAAGAUGACUCAGCCUUGUCUCACAGCAGUGUGUUAAAAAUAACGUUGCUUUGUGAACUUUAAGGGCUUUGUUAGAUUGGACUAAUUUAGCUCCAGAAUAACAGCUUUUGGGGUCACAUUUAUGUUAUUAUUCUCAUUCCUUUGGGCUUAUAGCGCCCCCAUCUGCCUCUUCCAGUUUAGAAGCUGCUCAGAAAGCUCUGCUCCAGGUCCAUCUUGCCCUGGGUCUCUGAGGAAGUCAUACUCACCAAUCCUUGGCCCAUUAGUGUGGACACUUGAGAAGCGAGAAGCUGGCCCCUUACAUGCCACCGUUCUGUAAAUUUAAGAUUAGGCCUUUUGACUAUUUGUUCAGUGAUGUAUCUCAAGUUUGAGAAGUCCUUGACAAUAUUUUAGGUGCAAUAAAUAUCAGUUGAAUAAAUGAUUCAGUGCCAAGAGUUUUGUUUGUUUGUUAUUUUUAAGUGAAAGUCCUUGAAGUGGUUCUUGAGAAAGAAUCAUUUCCAUCUAGGGCAGAACAUAAAUAUUAUUUUGCCUAAUAAUCUUAUUGCCAGGGCAAUAUUUGCUCAGAUAAGCCUCCUUUACAUAAAAUUAUUUAUUGGUGAAAAACCUCCAAGAUUUAGUUUCCUGUAAUGUUGUUCAACUGGUCCUGACAAGGCCAUCUCUCCUCCCAUUUAUAAUAUGACAUUUUUUUCUUUCUUUCAAUAAAAUUAUUAAAUAUGUGGCCACCUUGUGUAGUUUCCAAUGAAAAUACAUGUUCAGGUUAUAGAGUCAUGCUUGGAAAAGAUCUAUGGAAUCAUAGUUUUCUGAUAUGGCCAAUCAUAGACUGUUUCCUCAAAGAACUUUGUGGUUUCUCCUUUUCCUACACAGAGCUGUUUUCCUUUGUAUUCUUUCAUUAGGUCUGUUGGGUUAUAUUAAUAUUUAAUUAUAUAGAGCCAAUCAUCAUUUGUAUAGAUUUCAAAGGUUACAUCAUUGGCUUUUUCUGGCUUUCAUUCCCUCUCCCCACCCAUAGUUUAGUCAUUUUUUAUGUCAACAUCUUUCCCUAAGUGGAAAGACAAUAACUAAAAAUGAAACUGAAAUGUAUUAGCAUUAUACUAUGUCAGGUUUUGAUUUUGAAAUUAUUAAGAAACCACUGAUCAAAACAAGAUGUUUGGACUAAUAUGAUUCAAAGCAGUGAGGCUCUAUGGAGGGAGGAAGGAGGCAGAUUUCUUCCUCUUCUCUUCAUCAAAGUGUGCCUAGAAGGACCCUAGUGUUAGAUCAGGGAUUUGCCAGUCUACUCUUUGAGCUAUCCCACAAUAUCAACUUCACUUAGACUAAUUCUGAAAAACAGCAGUUACAAAUCGCUUUGAACUUCAUUUUUAUCCCCAUGUAUCAUACCAGUGGCCUUAAAGACAAGGACAGUUCUAAGUCUUAGUCCUCCAGCAUGCUGUGCAUCUCAUGACCAUAUUUACUAUUAGGGAUCACAGUCUUAACUUCGGAAAGCAGUUGUAGGUGUGGACUUCUUUUCUUAAAGAAUGUUUAACAGCAAUGGAUUACUUUCUUCCUUCAACCAUGGUCUUGACAGGUGUGUUUGAAAUCUUGUUCUCUGACAAGAUAUAUUCCACAUAAGCAGUUAUUGUUAAACAUUAAAUAAAGUAGAUCUUCUUUGGGAUUUUUGUCCCUGUGGCACGAGUUUAUCUCUGUGUGAAAGGCUAGGUGACUUUCUUUCCCUUACACUGUACAACCUCGGAAUAUUGGCUUAUGAUAGUGUCCCUCCAGGUCCGUCAUAAUUGUUGAGUGAUAUCGAUGCUACUUCAUCUCCUUCCUAAGUCACAGGAUGUUCAUGUUAUAAUUCCUCUGGGGAGACACUCUUUUCUUUACUCUUUGUCUUUUUUUUAAAUCAGACCUCAGUCUGUAGCUCCAGAAAUCAGGCUGGCAUAGAAAUCACAAUGUAGUUCAGGCUGGCUUUGAACUCAUGGUAAUUCUCUUACUUUAGUCUUUCUAUGAUUAAUGAGCCACCAUGGUUAACUCUUUGAAACUGAAAACAAAUGGAAGGAUAACUAGCUUGGUAAGUGAAUUUACACAAGAUAGUUGAAGAUUAUUCGGAGGACUUUUGUUUGACAUGGCAUAGAGAGGAAUAUAAAAAAGACCCGACAGGGGGUUGGGGAUUUAGCUCAGUGGUAGAGCGCUUGCCUAGCGAGCGCAAGGCCCUGGGUUCGGUCCCCAGCUCCGAAAAAAAGAAAAAAGAAAAAAAGAAAAAAAAAAAAGACCCGACAAUUCAAAGAGAGAAUGAAGCCUAUCACACUCAAGCCAUAGAGACACAGAUUAGGCUGUGUUGGAGAGAAUUUCACGAAAAAUUGGAGCCCUCUAUAGCAGCUGCCUUUCUGUCAAGCAAACUGAGCAAAGAAGAUGUGGUGAGGACCUAGUGUUGAUAGGAUUGGCCCAGAUGUUCUAUUAACUCAGAAUCCUAAACUGCAGUACAUCUUCUUAUGCUCAAUUAAAUAUAAGUUGACCAACAGUUAACGAUAUUUUUUAAAGGGCAUUAUAUUCUGUCACAGCCUUCUGUCACAGGAAAAGGUUGGGACACAUGUCCUUACACCGAGACGCUGAUCUGCCAUUAUGCCCUAAACUAAAAACUUUUGUUAGUCCCUGUUGAAAUCAAACUGGCUUCCAGGUUAAAAAUGGAAGAAGUAUCAUUUAGGCAGAGGUUAUAUGAAAUCAUGGAAAUUAUUCAUCUCAUUUGGCCUAAUAAACAAUGCAGUCUUUUCAGAAUGUUAGAAGUGGUUUAGCACAGGAAAACCCUCCAUUAGCGAAUCCCCAGUAGUUCAGUGUUCAUGAGAGGACAGGAGGGUCACAGACAGAAAGGCCUCCUUAAGAUUUGCCUUUGGAAGUCUCAAAUGACAUUUGUUGUUUCCCCAAUUUUGGAGAAAGUGAGUUUAAAAGAUGAAGGCCAAUUCGCUUCAUAUACAAAGUAAAGUGCAUGCACAAAGUACAAAACAGGUCUUUAACUUGAAAAUAAAAAAACAAUAUUUGCUCAUUAAAAUUUAUGAGCCAAAUGAUUCCAGUUAUAAAACUGCUUGCACCCUUUCCAGUCUGAUGGUGGCUCUUAUUUAGUUUUUAGAAAAGGAAAGCAUUGCUCUUGAAUUGAUAUGGGGUGAAACACUUGAAUUUCGUGAGACUUUCUCUGACUCCCUUGGGUAAGAAAUCAGAAUAUAAAGGCAAGUUCUGCUUUGACCACAUCAAGUGUAUGAGGUAAAAUUCUUUCCCCACUGAUUUAAAGAAGAAUGGCAGAUGCUGAGCCGUAUUCGGAUGAAAUUCUUGGUCAGUGGUGACUGAUACCUCAGACAAUGAUAUAGAGAGGUAUAAAGGUCGGGCACUGGUUGGCUGUGGGCAGCCCUACAAUAUAAAAGUUACUUGGGGGUUUAGGCAAAGUUUGAACAGGAGUUUUUUUCAUCUGUGAGAUGGACCUGUUAGGAAUGAGAUAAACUGAAAAUAUGUUGCUUGGCAAAUAGGAAGGACUCAAAUAUUAGGGUUUUUGUUUGUUUGUUUGUUUGUUUGUUUUUGUUUUCUCUCUUCCUAGUGAAGAAUAGACUUUGGAAGUUGGAGCAGUGACAUAUGACUUAAGUCUUAGGUACUUAGGAAACUGACGUGGGAAAUAAGACAACAUAGGGAGACUCCAUCUUAAGACUUUAAGAAAUGAUUUGGGUCAGUCUGUUAUAAAGAAUUCCAUUUCUCUGAGGGUUGCUUUAAAGGAAGCAUCUGGUUUGAUUUGCUCUUAGAUGUCAGUCACCCAUUUCUUUCCAUACAUCUUGAGAGACAUUUUGUCUCCAUAGACGAUUCCAGGGUUGUAAACUCCUUAUUAUCAGGAAACUUUCUCUUAGAACUGAAAUACCUCACAGUGCAAUACAAACCUCUUAUUGAUUUCAUUCUCCAUGGGAAGAAAAUGGCUUGGUUGUUAUCUGUAAGGGGUCACAUGUGCUGUCCAUUAUUGCCCAUUGUCUAUUUGAAAACUUAAGUCAUAAAAGUGUGUUAAGGUGUUUAUCCUUAUCCUCUUGGUGAACAUCAGGACAGUCAUUGAUUAACUCUUAAUUUCUUAAUUGGGAUCAGAUUUAGAUAAUCCUACUGUUGAUUUGUUCUUAAUUACCCAUGCAUUUCUCCCUUUAUUAAUAAUGUACAAUGGAUAUCCAAGUAAGACUAAUUCUGGUUCUGUGGCUCUUCUCCAUCUAUAGGUAGAAAUGAUAUCAUAAAUCCCAGUUAUGUGAUCUGCUUUUAGAAUUUAAUUCCAUAUACAACAUUAUUGGAUGAAUGUAUUACUAAUACUCUAAAUGUUUUUAUCUCCCUUUCUAUGUGUGUGCUACAAGUUUGAAAUAAAAAUUAGGGUACUACCUAAUAGAGCAAAAAUUCAUAUGCACAUAAGAAAAGAAUCUCGUUAGAAUAAUUCACUAGUUGAUGAAUGGCACUUAGCUUUUGUUUAAGAUUACACAGUUAUGCCUGUGUUAAGUAAUAAUAAUAAACUUGAUAAAGCCCUCUGAAAAACAGCUGCUAAGCAUACUGCUUCUGGAAUGUAGUCAUUAGGAGUAAAUAUUCUCAUGUUCUAUACAAUUACAGAAUGUUAGUGGAAGUUUAUUGUAGACUAUUUGACAAUGAAUGUCCAUUGAUUUACUAAAUGAAUUUUUUAAAGUAAUUUUAUCCUUUUUAGGGCUGAUGGGGACUUUCAGGUCCCUGACAUAAAAUGUUUUAAAUGAUUGGAAUGCUGGCUUCUACCUUUACUCAUUGGAGUGGCAUUAGACAUGCCAGAUGUUAGCACUCCUUUGAUGGUAAAUGAGAUACACAAAUCUUUCUCAAGUAGUGCAUGAGCAAAGUCGCUGUUUUCAGAAAAGAAAAAAAAAUUCUGCUAAAAAUGUCAACUAAUAAAGAACUAAGACAAGAAUUGAAGAAAGUGUGCCCUGUAUGUUACUGCACACACUGUAAAGCAUGACUUUCAGCAUAAGGAUGACAUACGAUGCAAAAUAGUUCAUUCUGGAAAUCUCCUCAGCUAAUUCAAAUAUUUGUAGAAGCUGCUUUGUGGAGACUUAGAAAAUCCCUUAUUUUCUUUUCUCUCCAUUAAAACACUAAUAUUUUAUACAGUUUCAGCAAACAAGUUUGUCAGUAGAUUUUAUGAACUCAGUUCCUUGUAUAUGGCUACUGGCUUUAUGCAUAGGAUCUCAGUAAACUACACACACAUAUAUAUCACUAUAUAAAUCCUAAUCAUCUACUUUAAUAGCUCUUGGUUUUAAAUGUGAUAUGCAGAUAUAACCAUACCAUAUAUAUCUUGUGUCCAUGUAUUGGGUUUACUUAACAAAAAGGCCGUUAUACAUAUAAGCCAUUGGUAACCUGCAUAUAAUUAGUUCAAAACAUUGUGUAGAAAGAUGAUUUAUAAAAAAUUUAGUCCAGUUUCAAAAGGGGGACAAAGAAUGAGGAACUCAAAAUGAAAACAUUUUUAAGUAAAAUUGUAUCUUUAAAAUUUUCAGAUAAUCACACACAGUAAUUUGCCCCUCUGAAGUAUAAAAUUCAGUGUUUUUAGUAUACUCAAUAUACUGUACAUUGUCACUACUGUCUAACUUGGGAAUAUGUCAUUCCUCAAAGGCUCUGUAUCCAUCAGCAGCCAAACCUCCUCCUUCCCCAGCAUCUGGGAACAAUCCAUCUGCUCUCUGUCUAUGGAUUUGCCUUUCAUAUAAAUAUUAGACAAUGUGUGGCCUCUUGUGCCUGGCUUCUGUUAAGGUUUUCAAGACUCAUCUGUGUGGUAGCAUGAAUCAGUAUUUUUUUUAUGGCUAAGUAAUAUUCUAGAGUGUGUGUGUGUGUGUGUGUGUGUGUGAGAGAGAGAGAGAGAGAGAGAGAGAGAGAGAGAGAGAGAGAGAGAGAGAGAGAGCUGAGAGAGAGAGAUUUUAUUUGUGAAUUAAUCAAAUUUUGGACAUUUACAUUGUUUCUACUUUCUGGCUAGUAAAAGUAAUGCUGCUAGAACAUUUAUGUAAUUUUUGUAUGUAGUCAUGGUUUAUUUCACAUCUGCAAAAACAGAUUAACAAAUCAAGUAAUUUGUAUUUAUUUAAAUAGAAUCUUUUAAAGUCCUGCUUGGAGAAUAAAACUUAUGAUCUUGAUUAAAGUGUUCAGUCGGACUCUAGAAUAAUGCCUGUCAGGUAUGUCUGUAAGGAUAUUUUUGUGAGGAUGUCAUUUUGAUAUGGUUAUCAGUUUCAUGAGGGCUCCUUCAGUCCUUGAAAUUAGACUGUCAUCAUUGAGAAUUUUAAAGUGCUCUGCAUUUCUUUAAAGACAGCUAUCAGUCAUACUGGAGAGGGCACUCAUUAAAUUUUGUAGGAUCGUUCAGUCAAUGAGGGAACAUUUUAAAGGUAUGGUUUCUUGCAUUUUAACUAUCUCAACAUUUGCAUAUUCCUUCUUGGAGAAAAGAUCAUCCAAGCCUACUGACUGUUGUAGUUUAAGUUUUUAUUAUUAAGAAGUAAUUCAUAAUGAGAGCAAAAGUGUCAAGAAUGUAUUCUGUGUGCAAAGAAUGAAUGUAUUUAACAAAAUCUUUUUAUUUGUAAUGAUUUUUUUUAAAUUGACUGGAAAUUGAUUUCCCAUGUACUUGUACAUAAAUAAACAUUUCCUGUUGCCCCCAA